GUGUCAAGGUUCCAUAGCUAAGCAGGGUUACCUAUGUACGGUCUAUUUUUGUCCAACGGCAUUGUCUAAUUAUCAGAUAGGUACAUACACGCUACACUAGGUAAUGGGCAAAUAGUAUCCGUCGGUGUAUAUAGUUACACAUAGUUACACGGGAGUCGGGACAGUGUCUUGGGCACUUGUGCAAGUGGACCAAAGGCUCGUCAGCCGUCGAUAAUAUACGCAUGCUGCUCACCGUCCUGUGUCCCUUCACUCAGUAAUAAUUCACAGCAUGUCCUUUUCCCUCGAGUUUCCCUAGGAUUUUCCUUCAAAGUUCUCUGCCAGUAACAACCUCCACGAUGACAAAUCUCGGGCCGCUCACCACGAUAUUCACACCCAGCGGCCCAGACUGCGCUUCAACUUUCGCCGGCUUCGUUGAUGAUAAUGCGUGGAUACAAUACGGCGUCGGCGGAUCGGCAUCGUCCGCCUGUCUACCCCCCAAUUUUCGACCUGUUGACCCCUAUUAUUACUCACCUGGAAUAUGUCCCUCGGGCUAUACAACCGCCUGUAACGCUCAGAUAUCUCCAUCAACGGGUACACUUGUGGAAACAGUGGCUACAUGCUGUCCUAGUUCAUAUUCAUGCCGCGACAGCCGCGGUAACGAUCCCUUUGGCUGUUUGUCAUGUUUCACUGGGUGGGAAACCUUCUCGGUCAGCACCUUUUUCUUCUCGACCAACUCAGAUGGAUCGACGACGAGAAUCGACGCCGGAACGACUACCGCAACAUGGUCGAGUAAUUGCGUCCGGGCCUAUGCACCGAUUGUCCAUGUGGCAAGUGGGGAUGUUCUGAUCACCGGCUCGACGGAUUUACCAGCGUCCACCGGUAGCGGCUCUAGCAUACCUACAGCGACAGGCUCGACUUCCACAGCAGAUGAGACGGACUCGCCGAAACUGAGCGCUGGGGCCGCUGCCGGGAUUGGAGUUGGGUGUGGACUGGUAACCAUAGGGCUGAUAGGGGUGAUGGUAUUCGUAUUGAUGCGUCGGCGAAGACGACGGCUGCAGGCCAAUUCUACGGACGAAACCUCUCGAGUCGAUGAGCGCGAUAAACCACAUCCAGAGCUGCUGGUUCCCCCACACCCUCCCACCUACGAGCUGGAUCCGUUCCAAGAACUUCCUCGCCAACUUGAUUCGUUUGAACAUCCGCGUUACGAGCUGAACGCGGAGAGCAAAUAGAUGAUAUUGGUUGGGCUUUCCUAGUAUACCGAGAAAACAUAUCACGAAUACUAUAUGAAUCUUAUUGAAUUCUUUUGUCAUUACGGAAGCGAAGCGGGUAAAAAUGGCUUGUGGGGCGGUUGCGGUACUGGAUAUUCAUGUAGAUGCAUUUGAGAGCGACCUCCUUAGCGAUAGCAAGAUGUAAAUUCCCAGAUUUGAUUACUUUUAGGUUUUCAAGCUUGAACAUUUACAUAAUACUUAUACAUAUAAGAUAUCACGUACCUCCAGCUAUUUUCUUUUCAUAUGUGCUAUCCAAGCCAAGUUAAAAAACAGGCUGAUAUCAAGGGAGCGUCAAACUCAAAGAGCCAAUGUGGGCUAAGUGACACUCAGCGACUACAACGCCAAUACGUCACAUAUAAUUGAAUAAAAAUACACGAUGUUCUCCACUCGAACUAAUACCUUGCCAUAAUUUCUUAGAUUUUAUAUGCAAUUGAUACCACUUAAUCUGGUAUCAUAUACCAUAGAUGACGCCAAAUCUACAUGGGGGAUAGUAUACGC